AUGGCAAAGAACAUCGAUCCUUUCGAGCAACUUACUACCCGAAUCGGACGUCUGCGAAUGAGAAGAUGUGGCCUAACGCCAGGCUUGAGAAUUGUCGUCGCUUACGCUCCAACAUCAAGCUACGAAGAAGAAGAAGAAGUCGAAGCUUUCUAUAUAGACCUGGAGAAGUUCUACAGAAAAGAUCGUACCUUCUCAAAGGUCAUAAUUGGUGAUUUCGACGCCAGAGUUGGCCCCAGAAGAACGCCUGGAGAACUUCACAUCGGAACCCUUCAAUGGAAUGAGGAGGGGAAGAGGCUUUCUGAGUUUAUUAUGACGACUAAGCCUUCCUCUCUACGCUGCGCAUGGAAGUCACCCGAUGGAGGGUAUCAUAAUGAAAUUGACCACAUCAUCCUCAGGAAAGGGUAA